AUGAAUUUAUCACCAAAACCUGCCACCGGAAUAAAACCUUACUCUCUUGGUCUUUCUUUUGUGGAUGUAAUUGAGUUCUAUGGGCCAGCAUGUGGUGGUAAAUCAUCAAUUCUAUACUCAUUAAUACCCAAAACUAUUCUACCAAGGAUUUGGGUUCGUGACGGCGGCACAUUAUAUGAUGAAGAGAAGCAAUUCUACAUUGGGGGUGCUGAUAAUGGAAUUAUAUUGAUUGAUCUUGAUGGCAGAUUUGAUAUGCGAAGGGUGUAUAGGUUGAUUGUUGCUAAUUUAAGAAAAAAGAUUCAAGAAUUUAUAUGUGAAGAUACAAAAGAGAGAGAGAGAACAAAUGAUGAUUAUAAUAGCAGAACUAACAUGGGAUCAUCAAUGCCGAUUGACAUGCAUUAUUAUGAUUGGCUACCGACAGAAGAAGAAAUUUCUCAAAUUGCAUGUUUGGCAUUGCAACGAGUUCAUGUAUUUCAACCGAAUUCUUCAUUAGAAUUUCUGGCGACAUUACAAUCCCUACCCGAGUAUAUGCUGGAAAAUGAUGAUGAAUUUAAAUAUUUGAUGAUUGAUUCCAUAAUGGCUUUUUAUUGGCAAGAUAAAUCGGAGGAAAUGGGCAACGGAGGAAAUGCCGCUACAAGUCUUAGUUACGCUUCAAGCGUUGUACGAGCAUUGCGCCAAGUUAUUAAGGAGUCAAGUGUUGUGACAAUAACCACAAACUGGGCACUAACCCUACCAGAAUUUAAUAAUGGAAUCAAUGAAACAAUGUCGAAUAACCCAAUAAUCACCACGACAUCAUUACCAUUUCCUUCCGAGUUAUUCUAUCGAGAUAUCUCACCGAGAGUCUGGCAAGAAUUUGUAAAGUAUCGAUUUGUUGUGGCCAAACAACCGUUACCACAAUAUCCCGUGUCGAUUCAUCCCACAAAAGUUGUUUGCGAUCAAGCAAGAAUGGAAAUAUUGCGAAAUACUUGGUUUAGUGGAAGAAUAGUCACCCCAAUAUGUGGGAAUAUUAAUUUAAAUAUAUUUACAUUUAAGAUUACAGAAGAGGAUGGAAUUCUAUCAGAGUAA